GUAGCUAAAAUAUUGGUCGAAGAAUUCAAGAUAAAUAAUAGAAUCAAUAUUAAUAGCCUUGUUGCAGCAAUAGAAAGCUCAAAAAUAUCUAGAGUAGACAAAAAAGCUGAUGAUAAAAUUAAAAAGAUAAAAGAUGCUAUAAAGCAAUUAACAAAAGUAGUAACAGAUCUUGCUAUCAAAAAUAUAACUGAUGAGAAAUCAUGCAACAGCCAAGAAUAUCUUAUAGUUGAGUUAUUAGAUACUGAAUGUGAUAAUCAAAAGGAGAAUUUAAAAAAUAUAAGAAAUCUGA